CAUUUGAGAUAUAUUUAUAUCUCUAUUCGGAAAUUGUUAGUUGAUUUUCAGUUUUGCUUUUUGACAAAAAUGGCGAUGUUUAGAUAAAAAAUUGCGGAGCAAUUACGCAAUUUAGAAGCCGAUUAAAAUAGCGCGCCUUCUAUUAACAUUCGAAAAUAUACUAGUGUUAAAUGCAAAGUGUGGCCAGGUAACAAGGGAAUUUCUGUAUUUUGGUAUGUCUACGUAAACAUAUUUUAGAAUUUGUAACUUGCGGUCAUACCCCACCACAGGUGUUCAGGAAAACAACUUCGUAAAUAAAGCUCUUUUAAAGGAAAUAAUAAAUAAAUAAAACAAAUAAUGUAUUUAAAUAUGUUGACCAAAAGAAAUUAUAAUUGAUUGGCUAUUUAAAAUUAAUGUUAACACAAAAUUGAAAGACAUCGAUGCAUCGAUAGUGCAAUCGAUCGAUGUUUGUUCACAUCAACAAUUUAACUUUGCCUACAUUUUAUUGCUGAUUGAAGAUGGCGCAAGUACUCAAAAGAGUUUUUGUUUAUGGCACACUUAAACGUGGCGAGCCUAAUCACAUUUGGCUAACCACAAAGGAGAAUGGCGUUUCCCAGUUUGUGGCCAAGGGCAAAACAGUGGCCAAGUUUCCUUUGGUGAUCGGCACUCGCUACAACAUUCCAUUUCUACUAAAUAAACAGGGAAUUGGACACCAGAUUGAUGGUGAGAUCUAUGAAGUGGAUGAUGCCAUGUUUGCCCGACUGGAUGUGCUGGAGGAUUACCCCAAAUACUACGAUCGAGAGCCACAAGCCAUAGUGACGGAGCACAACGAGACAUUGGAUUGCUGGCUUUAUCUCAUACGUAAAUUUCCGGAGAGCAUGCUGGAAAAGCCACUACUUACUAGCUAUCACAAUACGCCGGAGCAGGCAUACUCCGAGAAGUCAGUUCGCGAUCCAGCAAUUCCGGCUAAAGAUGAUCUUGCUUAUUAAUCUUGUCAUUGAAUUGAAUUGCAGCUAUGCGGACAGCACCGCGGAUGAUCUGUUCAACGAUGACUAACCGAAUGAUGCCAACUUCAAAUCGCAUUUUUGGCCAAAAAGAGUCUUAAAAAUAAUUAAAUGAGCUAAAUUGAUAGAUUCAUAUUGGUAGAGAAAACUAAUUAUGUAUCAGAUUGAAUCUAUAUGUCAGGGAUUGUAAAUAAUGAAUUAAAAGUUCAGAAUAUUUUGUAAUUAGAUGUAUUUUCAACAAUUUAGGCCAUAAUCAUUUUAUUUGAGCAAAAAAAGUGAAUCUAAGAAUGAAUUUUUAUUCAUGAGAUUUGUGUUUUGUACUCAUUUCGUAAAUUUAAUUUC